CAAAUACUGCCUUUCACAAUACAUCGUAUUUAGUUGCAUCCUUUCUUUGUGGAAUAUCUUACCACCUCAGUGAUUUCCAAUCUGAUAAGAGUGAAAAAGGGCAAAUUUCCAUUACCCUCCAGCCGCACUCACGUUAAGAAGACAACGCCAAGUGAAGUCAGUCUUGUGUGCCUGUGUUUUUCAACAGCGCUUCAACUUCUGCCGUCUCUCUCGCCAAAAUCCUACAGGCGUCCACUAGCUGGUCCGAGUGAGUCUUUUUUUGACUGCUUUGCCUAGACUAUAUCCAUCCCACUUCACUAUGAGACCUUUGAACGGAGACGACUUGGCCAAGCCUAAGAAGCCUGGAUCUGCCUACACACUCUUUGUGGUUGAGCGCAGACCCAAUUAUAUAUUAGAAAAUCCUGAUGUCAAGAACACCGAUGUUUUCAAAGGACUUGGGGCUGAAUGGAAGGAACUUUCCGACGCAGAGAAGCAGGCAUAUUCAGAUCGAAUUCCAGGCCUCAAUGCGCAAUAUGAAGAGGAUAUGAAAUACUACGUGGAGCACAGGUCUGCAGCACAGGCUGCCAAAGAUGAUGCUCCCAAAGUGAAGCGAGGUGUUAGUAAAAAGGCCAAGAAAGAUCCAAAUAUGCCUAAGAGAGCAUUAUCGGCGUAUCUGUUCUUCUCCAACGACAUGCGACCUACACUGCCCGCUGACCUUAAAAUCACGGAAAAAGCUGUUAAACUUGGACAGAUGUGGAAGUUAACUGACGAAUACCAAAGACAGAAAUACGUCGAGCUUGCAAGCAAAGAUAAGAUUCGUUACGACGAGGCUAUGGCGCAGUACAGGGCAGGUCUUCAACAAGCGCCAGCUUCAGACUCAGAAGGGUCUGAAAGCGAGUAAACACCGCAAAAUGAAGUUGUUAGCAGACAAAGAAGGUUCUACGCUUUGCGAGUGUGUGUUUGUGCACAUCUGUCUUCUUGAACAUGCUCUCCGGAGUAUAGGACCACAAGUUGUAAAUAGGAUGAGGGCCCAGGAAAAAAUAUCAUAUAUGUCACCUUGUAGGAAUUUGAUUUGGUGAUUGAUAUCGAAACAUUUAUAAAUUCGAUUUCAGAUUGCCUAGAUACCGUGUUGACGCCGUUCUUGAACUUUGAUAUGAGUGCACGGCAUGUAGAGAUUUUUUUUCCUUCACACAAACAUGGCGUACAUAGUGUUAAACUAUAUUUACAUGCUCCAUGGAGCGCUUGAAGGCGCUGCUUGCAGUUUUAAACCAUCCUCAGAUGAUAACUGCUUGUGCGUUUCGAGGCAAGACAGUCUCUUAACACAAGAUCAAAUGCGGUCCCAGAAUAGAGUCAAGUGUCAUCGGAUCUUAUUUUGCUGAGCACCUUCGAACCGCUUACCAACUCGACAAGCCCAGGGAAUUUGAAUAGCAACGAUAAGACUUUAUGAGCACAAUCCAUCCAUAUUGUGAUUAUGUUCAUACCCUGGAAUAAACCAUAUUUUCUAAGUUGUGCCAUCCACAAGAUUUAAGCUGGAUAGUACGAAUCUCAGGCAAAUCAAACCAAAGG